UAAACCUAGCUAUAUUAUAUAUAUUGCUACCUUAACUUUCUGACAUUUGAAUCUUUAUUUUCACUUCAUCAUCAUCAUUAUAUUUAUAUAUAAAGGCUUGGAGUUUGGAUAUAUAAGCAGAGAGAAUAUGAUACAAGAAGAUCAAGGGCAGUGUUCAUCUCAAACAAUGAACAACUUCGAAACCUAUCAACAAGAACAGUUUCUUCUUCACCAACAACAAAUCAUGCGGCAACAAAACAGUUUCACUUUCCCAGGUGAUCAUCAUCAAGUUGUUUCUUCGCCAAUCUUGCAACAACCAUGGUCAUCUAUGUCUAUGCAACAAUUCCAUGUCCAUGACCCUUUUGUUCUUCCUCAACAACAAACUUCAUCAUCACCUUACGCAAGCUUGUUCAACAGAUCUUCUAGGGUUCCUUCUCUUCAGUUUGCAUACGAUCAUCAUCAUCAUCAUCAUCAUCAUCAUGGAGGGUCUGAACAGCAUCUUAGGAUCAUAUCUGAUACACUUCACCAACAUGGAUCCUUUGGUGGACUUCAAUAUCAAGGUGGUGAUGUUGGAAAGAUGAGUGCUCAAGAAAUCAUGGAGGCUAAAGCUCUUGCUGCUUCCAAGAGUCAUAGUGAAGCUGAGAGAAGACGCAGAGAGAGAAUCAAUAAUCAUCUUGCUAAGCUUCGUAGCUUGUUACCAAGCACAACCAAAACGGAUAAAGCAUCAUUGCUAGCAGAAGUGAUACAGCAUGUGAAAGAGUUGAAGCGUCAAACAUCAUUAAUAGCAGAAACAUGUCAAGUUCCAACGGAAUGUGAUGAGUUAACAGUAGAUGCUGCAAAUGAUGAUGAUGAUGAAGAAUGUGGAAACGGAAACGGAAACAAGUUUAUUCUUAAAGCUUCACUUUGCUGUGAUGAUAGGUCAGAUCUUUUGCCUGAAUUAAUCAAGACAUUGAAAGCAUUAAGGUUGAGAACAUUGAAAGCUGAUAUAACAACACUUGGAGGACGUGUUAAGAAUGUUUUGUUCAUCACUGGUGAAGAUCAUGAUCAUGAAUAUUGCAUUAGUUCAAUACAAGAAGCACUUAAAGCUGUGAUGGAGAAGAGUGUUGGAGAUGAAUCUGCUUCUGGAAAUGUUAAGAGACAAAGGACUAAUAUAAUAUCUAUAUCUAAUUAGAGUUAUUGGAUUAAGAUUUAAGGUCUUUAUAAAUUUUAUCUAAUUAAAGGCCUAUUAUUAUUAUUAUUAUAAUAUAAUAGUAUUAUAUUAGUAUAUGGUAUUUGGUUAUUUUAUAUUUUUGAUUUGGGGGUGUUUUCUUUUUUAAUGGUGUGUUGUAACAUGUUGUUUUGUAUAUGGUCUCUUUGAACAAUAUGAUGAUGAGAUGAGACAAUGAGGUAAUGAUAAUUUGGUGGUUUUUCUUUUUA